AUGGAACCAAAAGAUUCACCCCAACACAUUGGUUUAAAGCGAGCCUCGGUACUCAUUCCCCUCUUCCGCCGUCCAUCCUCGGGCAUACAUGUACUUCUAACCCAACGCCCCAAGAAUAUGAGAACGCACGCUGGAGAAGUUUGCUUCCCUGGGGGUCAGCAAGAUCCCGAGGAUGAACAAGACGACGUCGUGACCGCCCUUCGGGAAGCGUACGAAGAAGUGGGCUUGUCUCCUGAACACGUGCGGCCGAUUUGUCGACUGCCUACUAUAGAAAGUGUCAACCAUCUCUGUGUCACACCAAUAGUAGCCCUCGUUGAACCGUCCAGCGCUGCCGAACCUCACCAGCUGAAAAUUUCACAAGCCGAAGUCGACGCAGUCUUCUCCGUACCCCUCUCG